AAGGGAGAUGGUGGAUUUGGUAAGUGCUGCAAGUAGUUGAUCAGCAUGUUUUCAAUAUAACUGUAUUUUUCAGACAUUUUCGUAUAUAGUAUAUGCUUACAUAAAUAAAAGAUAUUGUGAAGAAUGCAGAGAAACUUGGCCAUAAAUUCAACAAUUUUAAUAAAAAAAAAAAAAAGUCGAAACACAAAGGGAAGUCACUCUUCAUUGAUAUUUUCUCAGAUGUGACUACUAGGGGCGCCACCUUAUCCAUGAUUCUUACACUGCGGCACAAAUGGAUGCGUAGACAUGUUGUCGAUAUAAAUUCGCAUUUCAUGGGGAAGCUGAAUUAAAUAUGCUAAGUAUAUAUCGCAAAACUGGUGAAACGAUGUGUGUUUAUCAACUUGAAAGUUUCUCUGUACAGCUGAAAAAAAGAGAGAAGUAAGAUUCUGAAUUUCUGAUCUUCAAGACAUAAUUUGAAAGCUGUUCAAAUGUAAAAGCAUAGAAAGAGAGGGAUUAACAGAAAUAAAAAAAACAUGUAGGAUUGCUUUACUGGAGCAUCAUUUAAUCAACCAGCAGAAAGAUGAAAAGUAAAACGAACCAUGACAGAAUUUGAAUUCAGCGUAAUGAACUGUACUGCUACUCCAACGUACUGAUGACUCUACCAAUUCAAAGCCAGUCAAGUCAUACACAAUUCAUUGAUGGCCAAAUAGAAUACUUGACUGCUGGUACAGUUUCGGUUUCCACCUCAUAAUUUUACUUUUCACGCUUUAUUUUACAUUCACCUACAGUAGAUACACAGAAGUUUCAAUAUUAUUUUGAAAAUAAUUGUAAGAUAACAAAUACCAGAUAAAUUUUACAAUGUGAAGGGAAAAGAGUUUUUCAAAAGAAUAUUUUAUUUACAUAGAAAUGUGAUGGAGGAAACAUAUAUCUAUUGUGAAAUUCAUCCUGACAGUGAUACAAUUAUUGACAAAACACCAUACCGCUGUAGAAUUUGUGGAGAAGCAUUCAGUAGCAAUGAUUCUUUAAAACGUCAUAAAGAAACUCAUGGUGAGAAACCAUACAAAUGUUAUAUCUGUGGAAAAGCGUUUUCUAGAAACUGUCAUCUUACAGUUCAUAACUAUAGUCAUACCGGUGAAAAAUCAUACGGUUGUGAUAUAUGUGGAAGAGCAUUUGCAACGAGUAGUUCACUAAAUGUUCAUAGUCAUAUUCAUACUGGUGAAAAACAAUAUAAAUGUGAUAUUUGUGGGAAAGCUUUUCUUAGAAACAACGAACUUUCAUUUCAUAAAUAUAGUCAUACUGGUGAAAAACCAUUCAAAUGUGACGUUUGUGACAGAGCAUUUAUUAGAAGUAAUUCUUUAAAACGCCAUAAACUUACUCAUACUGGUGAAAAACCGUAUAAAUGUGACAUUUGUGAUAAAGAGUUUUCUAGAAACCAUGACCUUUCUGUUCACAUAUACAGUCACACUGAAGAAAAGCCUUAUAAGUGUGACUUUUGUGGAAAAGAAUUUUCUAGAAACUGUGACCUUUCUGUUCAUAUAUAUAGUCACACUGGUGAAAAACCAUACAAAUGUGAUAUUUGUGGGAAAGCAUUUUCUCGAAAUAUUUCAUUAAGAAGACAUAAGAAGAUUCACUGAGGGAAAACAACCAAAUCUGAGCAGCAAUUUCAUUGACAUAAGUGAUGUUUGAUUUUUAUUAAAUAAACUUUCUUACAUGCCAACCAAUAAAUUACAGGUUAUCCCAUUCAGUUGGAAAAUUUUCUACCAGAAGGAUUGUGAUUCAACAGACUUAGUUGAAAUAAACGCUGUAACAUUUAUCAGUACUUUUUUUUUUUUUAGAUUAAAAAUAUGCUAAACAUCCUGAGCUGAAUAGUAAGAUAACUGUGACCAAAUUUGCAAUUUAAACUGAUACAACAUAUUACGGGUGAAUGAUCUGAAGUAAACACCAAGAGAUUUAGAUAGAGAAGAUAUAGUUUAGUGUGAAACUUGUUGGAACAUUUGUAUUUUUAUUGUAUUCGUAAUUUGAAAAAUUGGUAUAUUUAAGAUGAUUUAAAUACCUGAAACACUUUUCUGGUGUGAAGUUUAUGUGAAAACAUUUUUUUCAAAAGAGUAAUUUGUCUGCAUGUGAAUGUGUUAAGAUGGAGGAAAUAUACUACUGUGAAUUUUGUAAUAAGUUUCUUUCUACCAGUCAAGCAUUGAAUGCUCAUAAGCUCAUUCACUCAAGAGAAAGACCUUACCGAUGUGAGGAUUGUGGAGAAGCAUUUACUCUGAGUACUGAAUUAUCAUCACAUAAAUGCGCUUUCCAUGUAGGAGACAAACGUAAGCACUGUGAAAUUUGGGGGAAAUCAUUUUCUAAAAAUUCCAACUUAUCAUCUCAUAAACGUGCAAUUCAUGCAACACAAAGACCUUACGACUGUGAAAUUUGUGGAAAAUCAUUUUCUCAAAAAGGAACUUUAUCAAAUCAUGUACGUAUCGUUCAUAUUGGAGAAAAGCCUUAUAAGUGCAAUGUUUGUGAAAAACCUUUUGCUAGACAAUCAUCAUUAAAAUGUCAUAUAUACCUUCAUACAGGAGAAAGGCCCUACCAUUGUGAAGUUUGUGGGCACACAUUUACUAAAUUGGCAUGCUUCGAAAAACAUAAACGAGUACACACAGGAGAAAAACCAUACACUUGUGAUGUUUGUGGAAAAGCAUUUUCCAGAGGAUUUAGCUUAAAAAGACAUCAAAUUCUCCACACUGGAUUAAAACCUUAUAUUUGUGAAAUCUGUGGGACAGCAUUUUCAGAUUACAGUAACUUAGCCAGCCAUAAACGUGUUCAUACUGGUGAAAGGCCAUACCAGUGUGAAACUUGUGGGAAAGCAUUCUCUAGAAACCGGGACCUUUCAGUUCAUGAAUAUAGUCAUACUGGUGAAAAACCAUAUCAUUGUGAUAUUUGUGGGAAAACAUUCUAUGUUUAUAGUCGCUUAAGAACUCAUAAAAAUAAAGUCCAUUUUGGAGAAGAGCAUUAACACUGAAAUUUGGGAAAACAUUUCAUUGGAUGUAUUUAUUUAAAAUACAGAAGCCAAUUCACAAAUUUGCACCUAUGUCAUAUACCUAGGAAAUAUUUUCCUAAAAGUUUUAAAACAUCUCUAUAUAGUUCUCAUUUCAACUAAAUUUUAUAGGAAAGACACUGUCAUGACCAAUGGGUUUUAUUCAGUUCCUUCCUAUGUAUGUUGAAGGUAUAUAUCUCACUCAUAUUCAAUUUGGCAUGGUUUCGAUGGCUAGAUGCCCUUCCUAACAAUAGUAUGUAUACAAUGUAUAGUGGUACAGUAGACACAUUAUAUCAUGACACCAGCUCUGGUAAGGCUACUUUAUAUCUUGCAGAGCUUAAUAGUUUUUACUGCUCUACCACCCUCCAGCUAUCUAUAUGGCUAUGGUGUGGCCACACUUAGAAUUUGCAUCACCAGUCUGGAACCUCUAUCUUGCUCAGAACAUUGACAUCCUGGAACCAACUGAAUACUCUCCAUCAGGCAUCUACCAUACUCUGAACACCUUGUUUCCCUGGGCAUGCAUACUUUGAAGCUCUGAUGUCUGGCAACUGACUUGGUAAACACCCACAAAAUUAUUAACCAUCAUGCCAACAACAACAACCUUGAGCACCUUUUUGAAUUCCAUGUGUCUAUCACAUGUAGGCAUGCCUCCAAAGUCAGAAAACAGCACAGCUCCCAUGACUUUCUAAAUAUUUUUUCACACUCAGAAUUGCUGAAGCAUGGAACAAACUACCUGCAUCAGUUGUUAGUUGCCAAGACAUUGCUUGCUGAAAUUCGCCAGCACUACACCUGAUAUCCUCCCUCCAUAUGUAUGCAGACAUGUAUAUCAUGACUCUUGCACUGUUCACUUUCCUGACAUUUGUACAUAAUUCUAUGUACUAUACAUGCACCUUUGAUAAGUUGUAGUGCACCUGAACACUAUACACAGUAAUUUCAUUAUUAUUAUUAUUAUUCAAGGCAGCAUGACUAAGAGGCUGGAAAGAACAGAUAGAGCAUGAACAAGGGUGAGAGGACAAAAGAACUAAAAGUAUAAUAGAACAAACAGAAUAAUUUGAAUAAAAGGUGUUAAAAGAGGGAAUGGUAGAAAGACAGUGCUAAUAAUGAUAAUAAAAGGGGGACAGUAAUAAUGGGGGGUUAUAAUCUGGUAGCUGGUUCAUGUCUUCUUUCUAACAAAAAUUGAGUUUUUGCAAACUUUAAUUUGAGGCCUCUUUGAUUCCCUAGGGUAACAGAAGAAAGGCACUAAUGGCAGAUAGUAAGAGAGAGGGUUAGUGAUGGAUAGUUGCAGAGAUGCAUGAUUGUAAGAGAGUUUAAUCGUCAUUUACAAGUUACCUGGAGGAGAGGGAGUGAUGGAUAGCAGUACACAAGGAUGAUAAUAGGAUGUAUUGGGCAAAAACAGAUUUAAUGCAGUACUUUGAUACACAGGUAUUUGAUGGAGAAGAGAGUGAAAUAGUGUGUUAACUAUGGUAAAUCAAUCACUUAACAAGAAAGUCAGUGAUUUUGUGAAAUGUGUAGGAAAUACAGCUUGACACUUGACAGUUUCAUUCUCCUUUAUGGACUGAAAGAAAAUUUGUAACCAUAGUACUCAUUUCAUUACACAUAUCUGUGUAUUGGUACUGUUGAGAAACUGACAUUUGAAAUUUUGUAUCUCAUUGUUAUUAAAGUAGUUUUAAAUGCCAACGAUUUAUCAUAAAUCUU